AUGGAUGCCAGCCCGAGCCUACAACUCAUUGGAGCUUGGUCGCGCGCCGCAAGCGAUGCGGCCCCUGGUGUCGUUACUUCCCCAUUGGCCAGGCAACUGCGGAUUGAAGAUCAGCUCAGGCGAGAACUCACGCCGAAGAGGGCCCUUGUCUUGCUGAGCUUGGUCGGGCUGAGCAUUGCGAUAGAACACGUCUCCGCGCCUGAGUUUGGCAUCCCUGCCGCCGACAGGUGGAAACCGUAUGUUGUCGUGAACAGCAUUUGCAUGGGCAUAUUGCUUAUUGCCGAUGGCCUGCCACCUGAAGCAGUGCUUAUGGCUUUGACCGUGAUCUACGUGCUUUUGGGGAUUAUCACCGAGUCUGAGGCUUUUGCAGGUUUUUCGAGCCCGGGCGUUCUGGCAUUUGGUGCCUUGUUCGUCCUCUCCGAAGCCUUUGCUGAAGUGAAAGUGCUAGAUGCAUUGAUCUCUCGCUGCCUCGGCACGCCGAAAACGCUCCUGGCAGCACAAUUUCGAAUCACUUUGCCCGUAGCUGUACUCAGUGCCUUCUUCAACAAUGGCCCUCUUGUGGCGAUGUUAGUGCCAAUAGUGCAAGCGUGGGCACAGCGGCAUGGGCAUUCAGCGGCCCAGUUGCUGAUGCCACUGGCGUUUGCAUCAACGCUGGGUGGGACACUGACCAUCAUCGGCUCAGCUGCAAACCUGCUCGCACAUGAUCGUGCCAGGGCCCUGGAUCCGCCAGUUAACAUCGGCUUCUUUGAGCUGACUCCUUACGCUGCUCCAUUGGGGCUUCUAGGUUUGGGGUAUAUGCUUCUUGCUGGACCGACUCUGCUGCCAAAAGGUGAAGAGGUCAGGCAGGAGCCGCGCUCACCUUCGAAAUCAACCCAGAAGCCCAGUCCCUUUAUGCGAUUUACAAGUGAAGAGGACACAGAGGUCGAGACGUGUCAGCUGCGUAGGUACCACAUUUUGUUUGUCGUCAGGAGUCGCUGCCCGUUCAUUGGUUGUAGCUUGUAUGAUAUGGGGCUGACGCGAUUGCCUGAUGUGUUGGUGUUGGAAAUGCGUCGCGAGGGCGAGCCGCUUACGGACACUUUCAACACGCCACUCAUGAGUGGAGACUUGGUGAAGGUGGCUGCUGGUGCUGCAAGCGUGGCGCGGCUCCGAAAGGCUUACGAUGGCUUGGAGCCUGCCGUACACAAGGACCUAGCCACACUGGGGCCUCACAGGAGGCACCGGCGGCUGUUCGAGGCGGUCGUCGCUGCAAACUCGGGUUUGGUGCAGGAGCCGUUGGCUAAGCAAAAGGAGCGGCUUCUUCACAAAGCUGGGUCAGUCAUCCUUGCCAUCCGGCAUUCAUCAAACGAGACGGGUGAUGUUGAAGCUCGUGGCCCGCGUCAGCUAGUGCCGGGGGAUGUUCUGCUGCUGGAGGCCUUCCCAGACUGCCUGGACAGGCUUCCAGAUUUCUCAGUCGUUGCAGCUGUUGAAUCCUCGAAGCCCCCAAGGAGAGGUCGGAAGCAAGACAAGCUGCGAGGGAUGCUGUGCCUUUUUGGAUUCGUAUUUGUGAUCGGAUCGAAUGGGCUCAACUUUGUCCCGCUGGCAAGUGCUGUCUUGGCGCUAGACUUUUUUUGCUGCUGCGCGAAAGUUCUCAGUUGGAGAGAAGCUGUUCUCGGUGUAAAUGGCAGCGUUAUGAUGACAAUUGCUGCCUCCUUCGGAAUCUCAGCCGCUAUGUCGAAAACGGGGGCGGCCGCGGCUCUAGCAAACGCCCUGCUAGACGUGGGCUUGCAGUCUGGCCCCUUUGGAGUACUGUGCAUGGUCUACAUUGGCACUGCGAUCUUGACCAACAUCAUCAGCAACACGGCCACGUGUAUAAUGAUGAUUCCUGUGGCUGUGCAUGUGGCACGGCAGCUUCAGAAGUCUGACGGAUGCGAGUUGAUAGAUGAGAAGACCCUUUUGUUCCUUGUGAUCUUUGGUGCGAAUGCUUCUUUCGCAACUCCUCUCGGCUCCCCCUCGAACAUCCUGGUGGUAGAUGCUGGAAAUUAUACAUUCUCUGACUUCAUGCGUUUUGGAGGAAUGCUGCAGGUCAUCAUGAUGUCAGCAACGUGCACUCUCCUGUACUUCUUCCCAUGCUCCGCGUCUUGA